GCUCCGCCCUCUUCCUCUGGCCGUGUCAAGCGGUGGCCGCCACCAACGUGGAGCGCGGAAGCUGUCUCUCGUCGGCUGUUGGGCGGGCUCGCGCGGGCCCCGGCAGCUGUUAGGCAGCCGCGCUCGCGCCCCUUCAACGAGGGGCGGCGGGCAGGGGGAGGCCGCGUCGCCGCCGCACGGGGCUCACCUGUCGGCCCGGGCUGCGGCCGCUGCCCUCUCUUCAACCCGCCCCCCCGCCCGCCGUUGGGAGCGGCCCCGCUGCCGCCAUGGCGGAGACCGAGGAGAGGAGCCUCGACGAUUUCUUCGCAAAACGGGACAAGAAGAAGCGGAAGGAGAAGAGCAGCCGAGGGGCCGCCGCAGCCUCCAGCGCCUCCAGCGCCGCCUCUAACGCCGCGGGGGCGGCCGCGGCGGCCGGGGGAGCCCGCCCGGCUGAUGGCAGCGGCUCCGGGGCUGCCGCCUCCAAUGCCGGCUCUGCCAAGGCAGCGACCAAGGAAGAGGAUGAUUGGAAGGAGUUUGAGCAAAAAGAAGAAAUUGAUUAUAGUGGUCUUAGAGUACAGUCCAUGCAAAUAAGUGAAAAAGAAGAUGAUGAAAGUGAAAAAAGAGAAGAACCUGGUGACAACUGGGAAGAGAGUGGUGGAGGUGUAGACAGAUCAUCUGGUCCUUGGAACAAGUCAGCUCCUGCACCAGCACCCGUUGUUGAACCGACUGUUACAGAAACCCCAGAACCAGUUCAGACUGGCGGAGUAUACAGGCCGCCUGGUGCCAGGGAGGGCGGCAGGCCACGGAGAGCACAGCAAGGACCACCAGAAAUCUAUAGUGAUACGCAGUUUCCAUCACUGCAGUCCACCGCCAAGCUUGUAGACAGUCGAAAGGAUAAAGAAAUGGAGAAGAGCUUUGAAGUAGUAAAACACAAAACUAGAGGUAGGGAUGAGGUGUCAAAAAACCAGGCACUUAAACUUCAGCUAGACAACCAGUAUGCUGUGCUUGGGGAUCAGUAGAGCUGCAUACACAUUACAAUUAAGGAAUGCUUUUUUGGUAACCCUUCUACUAAGGUAACUAAACUACAGCUAACGGCUAUGAUGAACAUGCCACCUUAUUUCUGCUGGAUCUACUGCAGCAAGUGCAGACUACUUUGACGUAAGUGAUUGGUUCUCCUGCACUAUGGAAGCAUAAUAUGUUACAUCUUCUCCAUUGGAUAUGGGGCAAAUUAAUGUAAAUGAUUGAACAAGAGUCAUCAGUGUUCUUUAAUUGCUCAGAAAGAUAUCUACAGCCAGUGGUCAUUUCAAAAUCUUUUUAUGUUCAGAUACUGAGCCUUCGUAAAGGUUGACUACCUCAGACUUGCUGCACUCAUUGUGGACACCAUGUGGAUCACAACUUCUGGAAGAGAAGGUUACAGCUGUUUUAGUGGCCAUCUGAAACUUGAAACCAGCUCUACUGGAUUCCUGUCAGAAAUCCUGCAGAAGUCAGCCAUUUGGUUCCAAUUUGCUAUAACAAAGAUUUAAGUGACCUUAAUGACAAACCUAUUCUGUUCCCCCUCUGAGGAAUCCUGUCAUGUGUAGCCAUAGCCUGCCAGAGACUUCUGGAGUGUACCAUACCACUCAUACUAUCCAAGUAUAACACAGCUGUAGUUUGUUUACCUUUUUAGAUAGCUGUACUGAAGUAACUGCAAAACAAAUUAAAACUCAUUCAGUAUCAGAUUUGAGGAAUGAUGGGUUUGAAUGGUCUGUUUGCAUUAGCCAUUUCACAGUUGUCUGUUUAAGCAUUUUUUUCCCCCCCUUAUUCUCCGCAAAAAAAAAAUAUGCCUGCCUUGUUUCUGGUAUCAAAUUGCAGUAUAUUUAAAUAAUGAUGAGAUGCUGUAGUGAAAUAGGGUUUAUUUUGGUAAUCGUCAUGAGGUUUGUCAUUCUCACCCUAAAGCACUAAGACUUAAGAGUUUUGAUUUGAGACAGAGGGAUCCAGACUCCAACUAGUGUCCUUGGAAUUUCUCUUCUAAAAAUAAGAUAUGUGGCAGUAGCAAUACUAGAUAAAAAUUUCUCCUCUAUUAAAAAUAGUUUUUUCUUGAAGGGUAAUGGUUACUUGAGAACCAAAAUAACUUUGGAUGCAGAGGGAUAAUUAAAGCUGGUAAGCCUUAUUUGUUUGGCUACUUCUAUGAAGCAUGCAGGCUUUUUGAGGCAGAAAUCCUUGAAGUAAAACUCAUAAAUGGUGUUUAUUCAAAGUCAGGAAGUUGAGUAUGAAUGGAAGGCAGUGCCUUCUUGAAGUUGUUGUCAUCUCUGACUUAAUUUAAUGGAAGUAGGCAAAAUGGAACUGAUACACUAAAAAAAUAUAUAGGACAUUGCCUGUAAUUCUGAUUUGACAAACAAAACCUGUCAAGUACCAAAAGUGUCCUGCUGUAACUGAUUUUCUCUUCUUUGAAUUGUUACACCAGAAGCAAAAUGAAGUACAAUAGUGGUGUGCUCCAGUGUUGAGGUUUCUCAGAGUAAAUGCCAAAAAAAUAGACCCGACAUCUAUAAGAGUUGCCAAUGGCAAGAAAAACAAGGGAACAAAACAAAACUUGCUUACAUGUGUGGGAGUACUGUGUAUGUGCAGAAGAUGAGGCUAGUGCAGGAAUUGCCUAGUUGGGUUCCCUUUGACUAACUGCUGACUCCUCCUAAAUCUGCUUCUCUGAGGCCAAUGGGAAUUCUUGCUGUUGACUUCAGUGGGGCUGGGGUUUCACCUGGUUCUUAUGUGCACAGACUAAAACUAGCCUUGCCCUUGCAGAGUUAACUGUCUCAAACUUCUGCUAGAAGCUGCUAUUAAGAGAGGGCUCAAGAGACUAUUCUUAAAGUUGGAGACUUCAUUUGGAAACAAAACCCCACUGAAAGACUGAUCCCAAUCCCUUGGGCUCUAAGCCAUGUAUCUUCCUUGAAAACACGGUGUUGCCAGCAAAACUGUUGACUUAUCACUUAAGAUUUCUGUGGAAUUCAUGGUAAAUGGACAUGUCACUUGAUGUGGUAGAAACGUGAAAUCUUAAAACGCUUUUCCUGAUGCUCUAAAGCAAUUGAGAUCACCAAUGCACAUGAAUCGAGUUUUAAUCUACUGUAUGAAGGGUAGAUGAGACUGUCCAUUGUACGUAUCUUUAUUUGAGGUUUGGGGCAUGAAUUCUGGCAGUUCAACGAAACCCUGUAACAGUUUUAAAUCAAAUAAAAUGGAAAUAUACAUGGAUUCUGGAGUCUAAUGAAUCUUUACCUUUAGUUCUAGCUUAUGACCAUGUAACAGGUGAGGAAACACUGAGCAUUUGUACCUCUUAAGGGACAGCCAUGGAGUGGGUAGUCAGCCUUAUGGUCAGGUUUAAGAGCUUAUAGCAGUGCAUAUUAAUAUGACUUUUAUACUAGAAGUUUAGUUUGCUACUUGUCAGAGUGUCUUCUUACUCCCACCAUAUAGGACUGGUUUGAAAUUGUGAAUUGAGUAUGAAGCUUUGAUUUGCUUUUCAUUUAAAAGCAGAUCUGCUAAAUUAAAGACUAAUAAUAAUAAUAAUUUUUAAAAACCUAAACCCAAACCUCUGGAUGGUUGCUGUCACUGAAAACCAUCAGCUACAGAUAAUUAGAGGUGUUAUUUUGGGGGCUUUUCUUAAGUGUAUCAUUCCAAGUUCUUUCUGAAGGCGUAAAGAAAAAAAAAUCAGAAAUGCAGCAAAUUUCCAUAGUACAGAAUGUUAAACUGUUUUAAAAUGUUUCGUGUUAAAUAUCGCUGCCAGCAACUAUCAAAAUGCCAGUUGUCAGUAUCUUCCUUGUAACAAUUAAUUGUUCUGCAUGCCUGAAAUUUUGAAAGUCAGUCCUCUGUGGAAGCUCAGUAUGCUUUUGAGACUCUGAAGUCCAACUUUAUCUGGUCUGUUGUUGCAUUUGCUCGAGGCAUGCUAAGAAUGUCCGUUUCAUUCCUUCAGAAUGCUUGUUGAAGGCUCGUUCCAUAAAUGAAGGAUUGUCAGUUGUAGAAAUGAGAUUCUUGAUAUUGGUCAGUAAAACGCAGUUGUGUGCCGCUUCAGGAUCUUCCUAACCUGUAACAUGCUUUUAUGGUGGGUUAGUUAUUAAUUUCCAAUUCAAAGGUUCCAUUUUACUUUCUCUGACUUAAAAGCAUAGCCAUAAAGUUACCGACUUGCUAGUAGAACAUUUAAAUGUCCACUCCUUAUUGGGAAGGGAACAACUUGGAUUUGUGGUUUUUGGUGAUACAGUCUGUACUUAAGGAAUGUUAAAUGCUAAAAAGUAGAUAAUUUUAAUAAAGUUGGACAUCCCAAAUUCCUGCUGUAGGAAUCUGGCAUCUGUAUUUACUUAAGCUGAUGAUAAAUGUAGGAGAGGAGUAGUUCUGUACUGCCCCCUUCCGCCCCCCUGUUUAGCUGUGCCGUGUUUAAUCUUAUUCACAAAUGAAGAGGAAUUGACAACUAAAAGUGACUGUCUCCUGCUACUUCAGUUUUGUCUUUGUAGCUAGCCUUACCAGUCAUGUCCAAAGUAACUCUUUUACAAAACUUAGAAACAGAUGAAUCUUUAAUGGUGCAAAUCGUGUUAGAGACCCGACACCACGGGGACUCAGGUUUUUGGUAUUUGGCGGCAUCUGUUUGCUCUCUAUCACCACAACAUGGCUGAGACACACACCUGUGCUGUUCAGGUCAAGUAAACACAAUAUAAAUUUGGUAUGGCUGCACAUCUUGGAGUCUGCUUAUCUGAGCUUUUGCAGUAGUUGUAUCUUCUUGUCUUUCGAGUUUCAGGCUGGUUGAGCAGUUUUAAACUUGCUUGUGGUUUUAUGUCAAAUACCAUCACUAAAAUGAGGCAGAUUAUUCUUUUUUUUAGGCUAAUAGGGCUUCAUGUGCUUAAAGGGUGCUUGUUUACAAGGUAUUAAUAUUACUCUUUCCAAUAUUGACAUGGUCAGAGAAAUGAAUACCUCAUAUUUUACAAGACCCAUUUGUAUCAGAGGCCCAAGAAACUAAAUUUUACUAAACACACAAGUAUUCAAAAAUCAGGUUCAUCACUGGACUGUAAUUUAGUUCCCAAAUUGUCCCUCUGUGUUUUCAGCGUUGAACUUCACAAAUUGCUUUAAUAGUCAAGAGGGGCUUUAUCUGGGAAUAUAAGUGAAUAACAACAUGCGCAUUUAAAUUUCAGCUAUCUAAAUUAGGUGCAUACAAGGGGGAAGGAAACCUCACAUAUAUUUGCUGAUAAAUUCUUCAGAAAAAGUUAAAACAUCAGCUUGUCUGUAUGAAAGUUAAUAUGAGAACCUGCAAGCUCUAGCAGAUGGAAGAAGAAAUGACAGCAGAAAACAGAACUGAGUCAUCUAAUACCAGUUUGGAUAAGUCAUAACUAUCAGGUAUCUAGAGUUUGGCUUCUGAGGCACCAAGUGUAGUUCCACCAUGUUAUGUUUGAAGUAAAAUAGAACAGGAAGGGAGAUUUUAUUUUUAAAAGAAAUAAAAGUAGAAAGUAGAAAUUAUGCAAAUAAAACAGAGGAGGUAUAAGAAGAGAGGGAUUAGGAAGGCCAUUUUCUAAAUGAUAGUAUUAAAAGCAUAGCCUAAGGCAGGGAGUGGAGUGUAAGUAGUUGGAUAGGAGGACAAGUGCUGCGUGGGUAAGCUCUGCUGUCUCAAGUGACAGAUCCAUCUGACUUUACAUCAGCAAAAGUGUGUGAAGUUCAGUACUUGGGGAAGGCAUCCCAUUUCAUUUUUUCCCUUUAAAGAAAAGAAUCAGGAAAACCUGUCCAGAGAGAAGGUAGAAUUUAGUGCUGGUAGAAAGCUGUCUGACCAGUUGCCUAGAGAGAGAACUGAGAAGGGAAAAAUUCUAAGAUAGUUCAGCAAUCUUACUAGGAAAUAACUUGUUUCGUAUUUCACUCUGCAUGGUAAAAAGCUGAGACACUGACUCAAAUUGCUAUGAAGACACUUCCUUUUUUUGUGAAGCAUCUUCUAAUGGUACGUAUAUCAUGGUUUUAUUUUCAGUUGCUUAGAAUAUCUGUUGAUACAAGAAGGUUAAUGAAGUUCAAUGGGCUGCUUAGCCAGAAUACAAAUAUUAAAAAUGUAUCACGGUAUUGGUGAAUCACCAGAAAAGGUAGUGCAUCUGGAAUACUGGAAUGGAAAGCAUCUAAAAAAACCUGCAUGCACUGAAAAGAAGCAAGCCCAUUUUGUAGCAAGAGCACAGGGCCAACAGCGUGGCAUUUGGCUUUGGCUUUCCACCCAGCUGCUGUGCCAACUUCAAGUAAUUUAGUUUCACUUCACCUUAGUUUCCCCAGCUGUGCCAAUAAAACCCCCAACAACCUUCUGCACAGGGGUCUUGUGAGGCCAAAGCUGUUCUUUGUCAAGGGCUGGGGCUGAUGCAAGCUCCUACAGAGGACUAAAAACCUUUAUAUAAAAAGAUCUUUAUAUUAGCUUUCGUUACAGUAUUUUAAUACUACUUUGGGAAAGGCUUAUUUCUACAGAAUGUAAUAUAUGUUCUAUUUAAGUAUUAUGUAAACAGGUUUAUUUUAGUAUGUAUGGGUAAGGAAAAAGUUCAGGCUGAGUACCCUUAACUAGUAUUUCCUCUCUUUAAUUAUCUGUGCAACCCAAAUGGUAUAUUAAUAUGAGGCUUUUUGGUUUUACAUGGAAUACCUUAAAAUCAAUAUUGCUAUAUUUUGUAAACCCCAUGACUGAAAUAAAAUCCUGCUCACAGUCGACAGCCAUCUCUUAUAAUGUGGCUGUUUUAAAGUUUGUUCAGAUUAUGUGAACGAGAAAUGUUCGCUCCUGAAAGUAUGUAUUUGUGUCAGGAUACUAAGUGGUAUUUUGUAGUAGGAAUGUAAUUUUCUUCCCCUUUCCAUGUGUAAACGCACAUUUGUCCUGCUCUUCAUCCUUUCCCAUAUUUCAGUUGAAGUAGCAUGCAGAUACAGUGGAAAUAUGGGAGAGGGUAAUCUUAACUUCAAAACUUCCAAAAUCUGGUAUUAAGGCAGGCUGUGGAGGAAAAAGAUGAAGGGAAUAAAACAAAGGGAAAUAGUUGCCCACAGAGAGGUUUCUGGGAAACAGAUGAAAGAAAAAUGAUUGGAAGAGAGAGCUGGGAGGGGUGAGUGGAGGGAUUGGCAGGAGACGAAGGAAUACAGCUACAGAAGUGGUGCUUACCCUAUUUACUGUUAUCUCCUGGUUUAUCAGUUAACUGCAGCUGAAGGAAGAUGAAGAAAUCAUUUUUAUGAAUAUGCUCUUGUCUGCUGAUGUUGACAAUUUUAAGGUUCAUCGCCCAGCUUUUACAGUGGGCCUUUGAACAGAAGCAGAGAACAUGAUGGUGGCAGGCAUGCCGACAAAUCAGACCUCUGCUGGGUACUGGGCAGAGAUGAGGCCCAGCAGCUCUUCUCUUACUGAUACCUUUAUCGUUGCAGCACCUCUAAGACAGUUGUUCGUGUGCAUCAGCCACAGUAAUUCUCCCUCAGAAAUGAUGACUGUUAAAUUUAAACAAACAAAGGGAACAUUUAACUAGCUGAAUAACAAGCUUUAAAGAAUAACAUGGGGCUUUUUGGAAUACCUCUGGUGAUAAUGAUGAGAAGUGAUAUUGAGGUCAGCAGACUGGUAGGUGGCUUAAAAUGACUUUGAGGUAUAUAUCCUGUUACGUGGUGGGGAGGAGGGUUACUUUUAAGAUGUGUAUCAUCUAGUCUUUUCCCCUCUUAACAAAUAAACCACCUCGGUCUUACUGUCUUUCCAGCUAAGAAGAGCUGCUUCUACGAUUCUCUUGCUGCUUUCCUCCCUGUAUUUUUCUGUCACUUUUUUUUAAGAUGCUGGUGAAACAGCAAAUAUUGAGGACCUCUAAGAGAAAUACAUGCUGUAAUAUUUUUCCAUAUUGUUCUGUCUUUAAUACAGCCUAACAUCUUAUUCGCUUUCUUGACUGCAACUACACAUUGAGCAGAUGUCUCCAUCAAGCUGUCCAUGGUGAUGCCUAGAUCGUCCCCCUGAAAGAUCACAACUAAUUCAGAAUCCACCAGAGCAUGUAUGAGUGGUUUAAAACCUUUCCAGUAUUCAUUGCCUUGGGUUUAUUUUCUGUUGACAUUCACUUGCCACUGACUUGCCAAGUUUACAGAGAGAGUUACCUGACCCUGGCAACCACCAUCUUCCCCAGUGCUGACAAACCAAAUAACUUUCUAUGGGCAUUGGCUUUUGCCAUCCUAUAUACGGAAGUCUUCGGGUUCAUGUAUAUAAUUCACUCUUCUUACCAGUGAUUAGCAUGGCAUGCUCUUACUAACUUUUAGUCAAUCUGACCUUUUCUGUUCUGUUUCUUGUCUCCUAUUGUCCUCUUCUAAAGAAUCUUCAAUAUUCUGUAUUGAGUUUUCUUUCUAGCUCAGUUAUAGCAUUAAGUCAUCGAGUUAUAACUGCUUUAUUUCAAAAAAUUUGCCUAUAGAAAACUGUUAAAAUGUUAUCACAAGCUUCCUUUUUUAAUUAAAACAAAUAACUUAUUCUGUAUCUCUUUCAGAGUAUGUACAACCAUAACAAAAUGAUUCAAACCAUAAAAACAGGCUGAUACAAGAGAACAAAUGCAUUGAGAAAUUGGUAAAACAGAUGUGAAUCUGAUCUCCCAGAGCUUAACUUCAUUGGUUUCAGUGGAGUUAUUUCUGUCACUUGAGAUCAGUUUCAUUAAAACCUGAUUUGAGAUCUUCUCACUUGAAGUCUAGACACAACAGCCAGAAUCAAGCACAAGUGAACAAGCUCCAUAGCAAACUCGUUUUAAAUAUCUGGGUUACUCUACUCUUUCUUUGUGGCAGAGAUGGAGCAGGCGUAUUGGUCUCUGACCAGCAACCAAAUGGGCCCAGCCAUGCUUAGUCUCAUGUACCUGUUGUAGUAUUUAACUGGAUGUUGACAUUAGAUUACAGUAUUUGAGAUGAAGACAAGUGCCGCAACACUGGGGGGCAGGCUUAGUCUUUGUGGUUUGUUUCAUCUCUUCACAUUCUCAUCUUGUACUUCAAAGAUCGUGCAUCUGUAAAUAAGGUUAAGUCUUCAACCAUUGACUGCAUUUACCAGUAUUGCUACAUUUAUAAAUACAAAGGAGGUGAGGGAAGACUCAAGCCUGUUAGGAUGUAUAGCCUACCACUGACGAGCUGCAUUGUCUCAGUAUCAGAAUACUCUAUCGCAUAGAACAGCUGCUUUCCAGUACUAACAGUAAUGCAUGGUCAAGAAUGUACCUUGGAUUUUGCAUCCAAAUAAAUUGUAUCUGUUCAGUGUUCUGUUACAGCCAUUACUACUAUUCUGUCAAAAACAAUUGUGGCUGCUGGCAGGGUUAUAGACUUGGCAAAUUGAAGCUGAGGUGGGUUUUUUGUUAAUUUUCAGCAGGUGGGCAAUAGAGCAGAUACAGCAAUAUCUGAUAAUUGGUAGAAUGAAGUACUUCAUACCCUCUCCCACACAUGUAAAAGACUCAUCUCUGCUGCUACUCUCACCAAAGCCCUGUCUUGCCACUAACCACCCAGUAACCUUCAGGACUGACUAGUUCUCUGACUGUGCCCUGUGUCCUUAAGCUGGGAAUUAGGUAAAAGGCAAACUGGCUUUGUAAAUUGGCAUGACACUGUUUUCUAGAUAAUUGGCUUUGCAAUUUUUUUUUUCUGCAACUCAAAGCCCAGCAAAAAUCUCUUGGUUUGACCUUCCUUCACCCUAGAGUAUUCCCUUCUUUUGUUCAUCUACAUUAUUACUAUGCCAAGGAUUUCUAAUCAGGUGCCUGAAUUAUUCACCACAUAUUUAGAAAGCUGCUCUAUAAGCAAGUGCUCCUGAGUCUUGAUCAUGCUGUAUUUCUUCAGUCAGGGCUCUAGCAUCGUAAACAUGCCCCCAUCUGUUGCAAAACUGCUUAGCAAAUAAAUGUGAUCUCUGUGAAGAAUUUAAACCUAGACCCUCAAAGGCUACACAGGAGCCCAAUUCUCACAGAAUACAGCAAAAUGAAGGCAGCAGCACUGGCCCCAGUACAACACAGUUCAGCUAUGGAAAGGAGUAGGGUUGCAUGACUGGUAACAUGCUAGCUCAAACAAAACUGUCGUAGCUGGACAGCAGGCUCUAGCCCAAAGCAUUUCUAGUUUUUUAAUGAAGCGAUGACUGUGUGAAGAACAGUAAGAGGACAUCUCUGUCAGUGAAAAAAUACAAAACUGAAUUUGCUUUCAGCAAUGUACCAGGAUGUCUCACCACCAGACUUAACCUGAAAAAAUGAAGAUAAAGCCACUUGAGUGUUUACUGUAGUGCAAAAGAAAGAAUGAUGGAGUUGGGCUGGGAAAAAUGGCUGGCUGGGAGCCCACUGAGCACUGCAGAAACUGGUUCAGCAAAGGAGAGUACAAUUGAUCUUUUUCUGAGAACCCUGUGUGGCCCCCACAGUUAACACAGGAACCUAACGGUGCCUGUAUAUUUAUAUAAUUAUGUUUAUAGUCAUAAUUUAAGUUCAAAACCUGAACUAUAUAUAUAUUUUUUUGUCAGUAGAUUUUUUUACCCUGGUUUACCUAUCAUGGCUUCUGCAUAUGACAACUUCUAACUGUGCAGUGCACACACCUGUUGUCCUUCUGUCCCAUGUUAGAGUAAUGGUAUCAAACUCUGUAAAGCACUUUUGUGAUGUUUCCUGUGAAGAAAGCUGAAGAAAAUAAAUUUAUCUUAACAGCACCAACUGAACUUACA